AUGAAAACAAGUGUUGGUUAUAACGUAUUGAUUUAUAACAAGGAUUUUUUUACGCUAUUGCUCAAGGCAUUGAAGUAUUGUUCGCAUUGCCUUUAUAAUGCUCACGAAUAUGGUUCUCUCACCUACUUUUCAAGAAUAAGUCAUAAUGCGGUGUUUGACACCGCAUGGCACCGAUUUGUUCUGGAUAUGUAA